AUGACAACAAAACCAGUUGAUAAACUAAAUACAAAAAAUGAUAUUAGAUCUUCUUCACUUCCACCAGCUUUAUAUAAAAUACAAUAUCCAAAUUGUCGUUCAGGAAUGUUUAGUCUUCGUGCACCAUUUAAAAAUUUUCAUAUAAAUGACAAUGAACAACAAAUAUCUGCCCGUAGUUCUACUCCUAAUGUUGCACAUCCAGAAUAUUUACAUGUUGAUCAACGUAAAUUUUUCAUUGUCAUUUCUAUUCAUUCAAAUUUCUCAAUAGAAUCUCUUUUAGUAAAUCAACAAGAAUUGUCUAUCGCUCGUCACUCAUUACAACGAGAUGCUCAAGUUCAAUGUUCAUUUGGAUCUGCUGAUAGUCAUGAUGGAAUAGAUUUACAAAGACGAAAAAUAUUUGUAGCAGAUUCAUAUGAUAGUGAGUAUUUUAGUCCUCGUUAUCGUGUUCAAUUACAAUUACAACCAACACAACCAAAUAUUUAUGAAGUAUGGAAUGUUGAAACUCCACCACCACGAUCAAUUCCAAUAAAUGAGCCAAUUAAACGUCGACAACCAUCAAUACGUAUUCGUUCACCACGUUUAGUUGAUAUAGAACCUUUGAGUGAUGAUGAAUCUGAUUAUGAUAAUCAUGUAGUCUAUACUCAAUGUCCACGAAGGACAUAUUUACCAGCAAAUGUACGAAUGGUAUGUGUUAGACAAGACGCAAAUACAAUUUGUUAUUAA